AGCAUUAAUAUAAAGUUUAUCAUUUGUUUAUUGAUCAGAAAAGCUUCAUUUAAAAAAUGGUAGAUGCUUUCUGUGGCACAUGGAAACUGGUCAGCAGUGACGACUUUGAUGAGUAUAUGAAAGCUCUAGGUGUUGGGUUUGCAACAAGACAAGUUGGAAAUGUGACUAAACCGACGCUCAUCAUCUCGAAAGAGGGAGAAAAAGUUGUCCUAAAAACACAGAGUACUUUCAAGAACACUGAGAUCUCAUUCACAUUGGGAGAGGAGUUUGAAGAGACCACCGUAGAUGACCGACACUGUAAAGUAGGUUUGGAAAAAAUAUGUUUCAUAACAUGAUUUAAUGGGAAGUGUUACCACAGGGAACAAUACAUUCCCAUU